GACGUCUGUUACUGAGUCUGUUGGAGCUCUGCUGACACAAAUUAUCUGAUUUUUAAAAGACAAUUAUUUCUCCGUUUGAGCUGCAAGUUGAUUUGCCCCAGGUGAUGAGUGUCAUGUCAGUCCUGUGUGUGAAUAUGGUGACAGCCAACAUGUUGCUGAGCCUCUUCUUUCUCUCAGGUGUUUUGGCUGAUUGUACUCAGAGUUCAGACCUCUUCAUCACUGCACCAAAGAAGAUGGAAGCACUGAGUGGAUCUUGUUUGCAAAUCCCAUGUAACUUUACAUCUAAAUCAGAACAAGAGUUUGACAGCAGCAGAGAAAUCUUUGGAGUGUGGAUUAAAAUCCACCACGCAUUUGCUAACAAACCAGACAAUGUGAUUUUCAACAGCAGUAGGACAAAUAACAUCUAUCCAAUGAACAUAACUGGAAACCUGAGAGAGAAAAACUGCACCACUUUAUUUUCCAGGUUAAUCACUAGUUACACAGACACAUACUACUUCAGGAUUGAGAACAACUCAUUCAAGGCAACAGCUGUCUGUGAUCCUCUUCAAAUAACAGUUGAAGAUUCUCCUCGUCGCCCCACAAUUGAGAUCUCAGGUGAUCUGAAGGAGAAGGAGUCUGUCACUAUAACCUGCUCAGCUUUCACUCCCUGUCCACACUCCCCUCCUAAACUCACCUGGAAUCUCCAACAAGACUCUCACAACAAAAUAGAGGAAAACACAGAUGGAAACUUUACAACUAAAAUCCAGGAGACCAUCACUCUGUCAGAGCAACAUGAUGGAUACAACAUCAGCUGUUCUGCCACAUAUCCUGUGAAUGAAGGAAAAGAUGUCAAGACAGCAGAGGAGACAAAGACUCUCAGUGUUUCAUAUGCUCCUAAAGACACCUCAGUGUCCAUCAGUGCAUCAGCAGGUAGCUGGGUGAACCUGACCUGCUCCAGCAGAGCCAAGCCUCCCGUCAGCAGCUUCAGCUGGUUCAGGACCAGCAAAGAUGGACUGAUGAAAGUAGCUGAAGGACACUUUUACAGCUUUAAUGUGACAGAUGGAGGAGAUUAUUACUGUGUGGCCACAAAUGAUCUCGGUAACCAGACGUCGUCACAGAUCCAUUUGAAUGUUGCAGAGUUUGGCCUUUCUGUCCACGUUAUAGUUACAGAUGGAGGAGAUUAUUACUGUGUGGCCACAAAUGAUCUCGGUAACCAGACGUCGUCACAGAUCCAUUUGAAUGUUGCAGGGAACUCUGUAGUCUGGGGUUCAGCUCUUGGAGGGAUCGUGGUCGUCAUACUCAUCCUUGCAGUCUGUGUUUGGUGGUUUAAGACUAAAUAUCAAACUACUCAACAAACUGAGAGUCAAAGAGACGACGAGCUGGCUCCUCAGCUACCACCCAGCAUAGCAGAGGAAAACAUCCACUAUGGAGAGAUCGACUUCUCCAAGCGCAGACCUGAACCGUCCUCUGACUCAGUGCAGGACAGUGGACAGCAGCAGGACACAGUGUAUGCACAGGUCAAUGUGUCCAAGCCAGCAAACACCUCCAGACACACUGCUGACGGGCCAGAGGAUCUCUACGCUCACGUGAAGAAAAAAUGAGUAUUGUCUUGAGAUCAUAUUUGUCUUGGAUUCAUAAUAUAGAUUCAUUUGUUACGUAUGCAAGAUGUUUUAUGUCACUUAAUGCAGAAAAGACACUGGAGCCUAGAUAAGAACAUGUCAUCUUCACUGCCUACAGUUAAAUAAAGGGAAGCUCUAAACCUCCACACCCUGCAGCUCAGGUGGUUUUGUGGGUUAUCUCAUCAUCAUGAUUUGUAUCCAUGUGCUGACCUCAUGCAGCUGUUACCAGGUGAUUAGUGAUCUGUAGGUCAGAUAUGUACAAGAAAAAGUCCCAAAGCUCUAAAUAGACACAAACACAUGUAGUGUAGUACAAGAUUACAGUCUAUUUCAUUUCUAAUCUUUGUGUGAUUUAAUGUUUAUGUUAUAUUAGGGUCUGGGGGAAAAAUUGACUCUGAUUGGCUGCUGGGUAUCAAUUAAAUCCUGAUGUAAACUGUAUGUUCACCAUUCUAAGUUAAUACGCUAUAGCCUGUAUAUAAAAUGAGCUUUGGCAUCAGCUGGCUGCAGACGCCUCAAUGUUAGAAAUGAAUUCAUUUCAUUAAAUGAAUAAAUGUGACUGUAUUAUUUACAACACAGUGUUAUCCUUCAGUGCAUCAUCCUCUGAGCGCCACAGGAUGGCGCCUGUAACACCAGCUGACUAAACUGUUCAGUGUCCAGUAAUGAGACAGGUGGGUAAUCUGAGUAUGUGCCAGCAAACACAUGGACUAUCAUCUGUUAGUGGAAAUCUUCAUGUUGAUCUCUCACAGUCGUUCAGUGUGUUUCAUAAAGCUUUGUGUCUUGGUGUCAGCAGUGAGGACUCUGUAGAUAUUCCUACAAACACAAUAUGUAAAAUAUUUAACCUUCAAUCAUUUCACUGUAUUUGUCAUGUAGAUGCAUGUGUGUGUGUGUGUGCAGGAUGGUUGUAAUGGUGUAACUAUUACAGUGGCUGCAUACACUUGUUGAUGGUUUGUUAUAACUCAUUGUUUUAAGUCUUAGUGAGA